CUCUUACCCAAUUCAUUCUGAUGGACUACAGCGAGCUCUGUAAAUGACAGAAUGUGCCACUCUUACUGGAAGGGUUGAUUUCAUGAAGGGUGAUAGUGAAACAACGGCAGACCAUGCCUGGUGUAUCGUAGGAGCCGUCCGAAGACCUUUUAAUUCUUUCACAGGAUUUUUACAUCUUAUUUAUUUCACCCUCAACCACAAUGCUUUACUUCCAGUUGGUGAUCAUGGCAGGAACUGUUAUGCUGGCAUAUUAUUUUGAGUAUACUGAUACUUUUAAUGUGCACGUGCAGGGCUUUUUCUGUCAUGAUCAUGCCUAUGCGAAGCCCUACCUCGGACCAGAGGAAUCCAGUACGCUCCCACCAGCGAUUCUGUACGCGGUGGUCGCAGGGGUCCCAGCACUUGUGAUUACAGUUACCGAGUCCGUGCUCUUCUUGCUGCAGUAUGUCUCUGAGGAUCUAGACAACAGAGAGAAGAUCAUUGUGAUGGGGGACUGUUGUUACCUCAACCCUCUGGUCCGAAGGACUUUUCGCUUUCUCGGUGUGUACGCAUUUGGCCUUUUCGCCACAGACAUUUUUGUCAAUGCAGGGCAGGUGGUCACAGGAAAUCUUAGUCCCUACUUCUUGACGGUGUGUAAACCAAACUACACUGCGUUGGGAUGCCAACAGGUUGUGCGUUUCAUCAACCAACGGGAAGCCUGCACAGGCAAUGAGGAUGAGAUUUUACAUGCCCGCAAGUCCUUCCCAUCUAAAGAGGCAGCUAUCAGUGUAUAUGCUGCUGUUUAUGUUGCUAUGUACAUCACAUGCUCAGUGAAGGCCAAAGGGACGCGGUUGGCCAAGCCGGUGCUCUCUCUGGGGCUCGUGUGUCUGGCCUUCCUAACAGGGAUUAAUCGUGUAGUGGAGUACCGCAACCACUGGUCUGAUGUCAUCGCCGGCUUCAUCAUUGGAGGAGCCAUAGCUGUGUUUAUGGUGGUGUAUGUGGUGAAAAACUUCAAAGGAAAGCCCUUACUCGAUGAGAUACCGCCGGAAGAGAGUGUGUCCAGUGGUCCUGUGCUUACACAGCCCAGGAUGGAAGAUGCCAUGGAGAAAUACAUAGCCUCGCAGAAUCCCAUCACCUAUGCUGAGAUCACAUGACAAAUGAAAGACGGCCAAUGAAAAGCUGGAUAAUGUUGCUGCUGUUUGAUGUGACACCUUUGAGUGCAAUGUUAAAAUGUGCUAUUUUUACACUCCUUUUUUCAAGCGUGUAAAAUAUGUCGAUAACUUGUGCUCCUUGUUAUACUUGUUCCAUGUUUUCUUUUUAAAUAGUUAUUUUAAGGUCACAUUCCUAUUUUUAUACAAAUAUAUUACUGUUUUCGUGAUUGAACAUGCAGGGUACUAUGUGAGUGUGUAAUUUAAACAUGAUAUCCAUUGAAAUAUGUUAACAUAUCCUGAUGUAGAACAUCAUCUGUGGGCCCAUGUUGAUAUUUUGUUAUGGUCUCUAAAAGAGUUUUUUUAUAUAUAUAUAUAUAUAUAUAUAUAUAUAUAUAUAUAUAUAUAUAUAUAGGAUAUGUCACUGUUCUUCCUCAUGAGUCUGUUUUAAGAGUUAUUUAUGUUUUGUUUAUGCAAAAUAGUAACCAGAAGAUCCCGAGUCUCUUCUGAAUUGACAUAUUUUCUGUUAAAAAGAUAUAUUUGUGCAAGACGUAUCCCUUUAUUAACCUAGCCAUCGAAUUAGUAGUUAUACAGAACCAUGGCAUACUCACUCUUGAGCGUUUGAUUGGAGAAAAAUCUGUCUGGUGCAACAUGAGUCAUCAGUAUUUUAACAUGGACUACAAGCCUCUACUUCAAUUUUAAUUUCAUGCGGUCUUUAAGGUGAGCUGACAUGAGCAUGAGGUGAUAAACAGAGCCGGGAUUGAUUUUGCUGUCAUUAUAGAAGAGAGCACCUUGGGUAAGGCUGAUGAAUGUGUUGUGACUUCCAUCUGAUUACACGAUCUUAAAAAGAUUAGAUGCCCAGCGUACUGCCCAAAGAGGCUGUGAUGAGUCCUGCUUUGUUGUGUACUGUAUGUUGCUUUGUGUGUAUGUUUGUGCCUACAGUAUUUAUGCGUCUGCCCUUGAUGUCGCCUCCGUAUAGGUAGUCUCUUGUGGGCUGGUAAAGGUGGUUUUGUUUUUUUCUCUUUCCACAUAAUCAUCACUAAGAGUUGAAAUAAUACUUGUAUCUGUCAAACAGAGAGUCGGUAACAAAUUAGAUUGACUUAAAUUAUAUGGAAAACAAACAAAUGAAUUAUAUUUGUGUUUUUUUAUGUUAUAAACUUUGUGCCAGCAACUAUCUGCAGUGUUUGACGCCUUUACAUUUUGUUGAGUUAUUUCAUAUCAUAUUGAGUUUGUGUUUGAUCUCUCACCGGAGAUUUGAUUUUGAUUCAUGGCUUUAUUAAACUCAGUUUGAUGGUGUAAAUCAUUUGUGACCCAGUCUUGUGAAAUCCCAGCUAGUCAGUUUUCAUCCUAAUGUAAAUAACAUUUUGUGACAAUAUAACGUUAAUACAUUUAAUGCUGACUGAGUAAGAUCAUGUCAAAGAUUGAAAUCAAUUUGAAAACAUUGAGUCAAAAUUUGAUUCUUUGAUAAAUUAUAGCCUGGUAUUCACAACCAGGGUCGCAUUUAUUUGAUUAAUUUUACAUAUGUAGGACUAUUAUUGUACCACAUGUACACUGUUGCUCUCAUCAAUGAAUGUCUUUAGUUCUGCCAUUAUUUGCAACAGGGUUUGAGAAACUUUCCCAACAGGGUUUGAAAUAUGGAGAGAUUUAUGCAUUUGGCAGAUGUAUUAUCCAAAGCAACUCAGUGCAUUCCACUUAUAUAUCAAAUUGUGCACUAUUUAAUAUUACAGGGGACUAUUUCGCACACAUAAGAUUAUGUUCAA